GCAUUCUCUAACUACGUAUCCAUUCUUUUCUUUUAAUUUUUUUCACUUUUCCUUUAUUCUGUUCCUGUAAAAUAAUACAGCUGGCAUAGUAUUAUUUAUCAAUAGAGUCUACCACUUUGACAUAACCUCCCAAUAACCCAAGAGCAUUCACAAUGUCGAGCAUGGAAGAAGAUCAGUUUAGCGAGGAGUCUAUAGCUGAUGAGAGCCAAAAAAUUGAACAGAUUUUAGAGAUUGAGUCAAAAAUCCCAGAUAUUCUUUCGCAUGCCGGGAAUUGCAUUGAUGCGAUUGAAACAAAAGAAUCCAUUGAAGAAUUCAACAAAAGUGCAAAGUCAUUCUUUCAAACGUUGGAAUACGUGUCUACAGGCCUUAGAAAACAAGUGUUGGAUCUUGAAAAAGCAGAGGUUCCAUUGGCAUCUCUUCAGCCAAGAAAGCAUUAUGUGACAGAACCUCUUACUGGAAUGGUUUUUGACGAAGUAAAUCGAUUGUUAUGAGCAUUCACUGAUGAAAAACGAAUUUAUUUAGUGGAUACAAGAAAUCUCUAGACAAACAUGGAUUUACGCGGCAGAAAGGUAUUCUUUUCCUAUAAUAAUAGAUUUAAUGAUAGGCAUUUUUAUAUUCUUAGGUUGAAAUAAAGAGAAAGUAUAUAAUAUAUGCUCGGACGAAGAAACCAAAAAUGCAAAAAUAGUCAUGACAGCUUAUAGGUCGUUUCAGGAAAAUAAGAAAAUAAAAGGACGUUUGCAAAAGCGAGGGUCGUUAAACAAUCA